UGUAUCGGCAAUUGAGAGAAAGUGCAAAAUUAACAAUAUGUAAAUGCUGUAUUAAUAUUUUGGCAACAAGCUCGAAUUCCGACAAAAGAUGUAGCUAGGUGUGUCGAUAAAUUAAAAUCUCUGUACAAAUUAUAUCAGAAGAUUCAAAAAACCGUACUAAAUGAGAGAUCUGAUGCUCAGAAAAAAAUUGUUGAAGACUUUUCUGCAGAAUUGAGUAAUUUGUUUGACAUUGCUCAUAGAGAUGCUUUACAAAACAUGCGUAUUAGCGAAGACAAGGAAUUUUUGAUUCUACAAAGGCAAAAAGGUCGUCCUGGUAGCAUGGCCGCAUUGAAAAAGAAAUGUCUAGAAAAAGGAAACAUCAACAAAUGCCGGAAGUGAAUCUCGAACUCAAAGACGAUUUUGGUAUGGACUAUGAAGAAGAUAUUGGUGUCAGUGAGCCUGAAGUAGCGGAAACCAAUGUGAAAAAAAAUACAAAACAAACUGCUUCAACUUGUAUUAACAGGGGAAGAAAACAUUUUAUCACACCGCGAUUGCUUUCAGCACUUGAUAGCGCUAAAGUAAGCGAUGGAAAGGCGAUGCACAUUCUGAUGGCGACUGCAGAAGCAUUGGGCCAUUGCACUAGCGACUUGGUAGUCAAUCGUUCUACUCUCCAUAGACUGAGGGAAGAGCUUUGCAGAAAAGAAACACAGAGGAUUCAACAGAGUUUUAUUGACAAACUAAGUGAUACACAAGCAAUGGUCGUCCACUGGGAUGGUAAAGUAUUGCCGGAUCUAAUUGGAAAAAUAAAAGUUGAGCGAAUUGCAGUGCUUGUUAGUUAUAAUGGCGAAUCCAAAUUUCUAGGCGCUCCAAAACUUAUAUCUGCCACUGGUGAAAAUAUAGCUACAGCCGUUUUUGAUACACUUAGUAAAUGGAAUAUUUUAGAUCGCGUAGAAGGCAUGUCUUUUGACACCACGUCCACUAAUACUGGUCCAAUGAAUGGAGCAUGCGCUCAAUUGCAACGCAUGUUAGGAAGAAAUUUGUUGACUUUACCGUGCCGUCACCACAUUCUAGAAAUAUACUUGCGUAGUGUAUUCGACCUGCAUUUCAAAGAGACUCAAGCACCAGAAGUCUCAAUUUUCGAGAGAUUUGCCAAAGCCUGGCCAAAUAUUGACACUUCAUCAUUUAAGAGUGGGCUCGACUGUGAAGAUAUAAAAUCUCAUAUAAGUGAUGGCAUCUGCAAUGACAUCAAACAAUUUUGUCAUUCACAAUUACAAAAAACUUUUGUUCGUGCUGACUACGAAGAAUUUUUACGUCUAAUACCUACAUUUCUUGGUGACAAUGGUGGUAAAUUUAAAAGUUACAAGUCAUGCACGUUGGAUGUCAAAGGGAAUCUAUUCCUUGAAAAUAUUUCUUUUUCGUGAUCAAUUUCACUUGAGUAAAGCUGAAUUAAAAGGUUUAAGUCACAUUUGCGUUUUUUUAGUGCGUUUAUAUAUAAAAGCUUGAUACAAAUGCUCUAAUGCAAUUACCUCUCCCCCGCAUGAUUUAAACUUUGUAAAAGAAUGUAUUAAUUAUGAAAAAGUGAACCCAAGUAUUUCUUCGGAAUUGCUGAGAAAAAUGUAACAACACAUGUGGUAUUUGUCAGAGGAAAACGUCGCAAUGGCUUUCUUUGAUUUCAAUGUUUCUCUAGGUGUUAAGAAAAAAAUGGUAAAAAAUUUAAAAUCAGAAGAGCCAACUAAUAAACUACAAAACAAUCGCAAAAUAAAAAAAUUAAGUGACUUAGGCAAUUCGAUUUAAGCGAAUUUGUAUCCAAAAGAACUUUAACAUUUUUUAUGAAGUACAAGUUGUCAACCAACUUUUUGUAUUUGGAUCAAGAGUCUUGGGAAACAAACGAGGAAUUUCAAAAUGGUCGCGCAAUAUGCCACAAAUUGCUUGUUACUAAUGAUACAGCGGAAAGAGGUAUUAAAUUUAUAAAGGAUUUCAAUACUAUUCUUACAAAUAAAGAAGAAGAAAAACA